AUGGGUUCCACAAAGAAGAAUCUUAAGGCCACGAAGAAGUUCGAGAAGAAACAUCUGAAGGGUGUUCUCGACAAGAGGAAGGAGACCGCCAAAAUCAAGCAGCGCCAACAGGUUAAGGCGAAGAAGCAGGCAAAGCGACCCAAGGAUGCAGAAUUCUUCAAGGGCAGCGAUGCUUCUGGUGCCAAGCCCAAGGGUCACCAGAAGGACGCCAAUGUUAGCGCUAUGAGCGUCGACGACUUCUUCCAAGGCGGCUUUGAGGACAUCAUCGACAAGAAGGACAAGAAGAAGAUCGGCAAGAGGAAGCGCGAUGCGCCGGAGGGAGAAGGUGAGGACUCAGACGAUGGCAGCACGUCUGAUGUCUCAGUUGAGGAGCAGCCUGUAGCCAGCGACAGUGAAGAUGGUGACGACGACGACGAUGCGGACGAGGGCCUUGGCAUGUCUAAAGAGGCCAUGGACAAGCUUGCCCAGAACGACCCCGAGUUCUACAAGUUCCUGAAGGAAAACGACCCUGAAGCCCUUGACUUUGACGAAAACGCCGAUAUGGCCGAAGUAGACGAGCUUAGCGCUGGCAGCGACCAGUCCGACGACGAGCAACCGAAGAAGAAGCGCAAGAAGGACUCUAAGAAGCAGCAGGCCGAAGAGGAGGUUCUCCCGGACAACGAGCUCACUCGUGAGAUGGUCGCCAAGUGGAAGAAGCUGGUUGAGGAGAAGCAGAGCUUGCGUGCUGCGAGACAGGUUGUCCUGGCUUUCCGUUCCGCUGCCCACCUCAACGAGGACGACGCAGACGAGACCAAUCCCCAGAGAUACACCAUUUCCAGCCCAGAGGUUUUCCACGACAUCUUGAUCGUGGCCCUCAAGCAGAUUCCCGUUGUCAUCUCCCACCACCUGCCUAUUAAGGAGUCCGCGUCUGGAAAGAUCUAUGUGCCCACGGACUCGAAGAAGUUCCACACCCUGUCCAUUAUGAUCAAGACGUUCACUGCGUCUAUCAUCCACCUUCUCAGCACGUUGUCUGACGACGCGACUCUCAAGCUUACCAUUGGCUCAUUAGAGCCUCUUGUGCCUUACUUGUUGUCGUUCCGAAAGCUUCUCAAAGUUCUGAUCAAGACUAUUGUGAACUUCUGGGCUAGACCGGCUAGCUCAGAAACCACCAAGAUCACCGCUUUCCUCGUUCUGCGGAAACUGGUUGUCAUUGGAGACAAGGGCAUUCGCGAGACUGUCCUUAAGGCAACAUAUCAGGGACUCGUUUCAGGAUGCCGUGCAACUAACAUCAACACCAUCCAGGGCAUCAACCUAAUGAAGAACUCUGCCGCAGAACUGUGGGGUAUUGACCAAAACGUCGGCUAUACGACAGCCUUCAGCUUUAUCCGUCAACUCGCCAUCCACCUCAGAAACAGCAUUGUGAAGAAGGAGAAGGAUUCGCACAAGAUCAUCUACAACUGGCAAUAUACCCACUCGCUGGACUUCUGGUCAUGCGUGCUUGCUGAGCACUGCAGUCCCCUGAAGGAGGCGGAAGCGGGUAAGGAGGGCCAGUUGAAGCUCUUGAUCUACCCCCUCGUGCAGGUCACCAUGGGCGCUAUGCGACUCGUCCCUUCUUCGACAUUCUUCCCUGUGCGGUUCCACCUGGUCCGCUCUAUCCUGCGCCUCUCCCGCGCAACAAACACCUACAUUCCUGUUGCAUCUGCUCUUCUUGAGGUGCUCGACUCGGCCGAGAUGAAGCGAUUCCCGAAGGCGUCUUCUAUCAAACCGCUUGACUUCAACGUUGCCUACAAGGCCCCCAAGUCAUACCACCGCACGCGUAUUUACCAGGACGGUGUGGGAGAGCAGCUUGUCGAGCUCUUCAGCGAGUACUUCACUAUUUGGGCCAAGAACAUUGCUUUCCCCGAGUUUUCUCUGCCUGUUAUCAUUCAGUUGAAGCGCUGGGUUAAGCAGGCACGUAAGGUCAGCACAGGUAACAAGAACAACAAGGUUAUCUCCAUGAUUGUUCUGCUUGUGCAAAAGCUUGAAGCCAACGCCAAGUUUAUUGAGGAGAAGCGGUCAAAGGUUGACUUCGCACCCAAGGAUCGCGCGCAAGUAGAUGCCUUCCUGCGUGACUUCGACUGGGAGAAGACGCCGCUUGGCGCUUAUGUCGUUGUGCAGCGUAAAAUCCGAGAGCAGAAGGCCAAGGCACUGGAGGAGGCAAGAAAAGAGGACGAGAGGAAGCGCAAGGAGGAGGAAAAGGAGGCUCGUGCUGAGAAUGUUGAUGACGACUCUGAGGAAGAAUAUGCCGACGAGCUGAUGGAUGGUGAGGGAGAUGAUGAUGCAGAGGAAAUGGACGAGGAUGAGGACGAAGAGGAUGAAGAAAUGGAGGAUGAUAGUGAGUAG